AUCACCUCUGGCUAUAUUACAGUCAGACAAUAGAAAGGAAUUCAUAGCACAAGUGAUCAAGGAAUUAAUCGCACUAUGGCUAUCAGUAAGAAUUAUUAAUGGAUGCCCUAGGCAUCCCCAGUCGCAAGGUUUAGUAGAACAUGUCAAUG